GGCAACGUGUGGAGAUUCCCUUACCUCUGCUACAAGAAUGGUGGAGGUGCCUUUCUGGUGCCAUAUGGUCUGUUAGCUGUGGUGUGUGGGUUACCUCUGUUCCUACUGGAGACUGCAAUCGGUCAGUACACCCAGGAAGGAUUCAUCACCUGCUGGAGUAAAUUGUGUCCACUGGCACAAGGAAUUGGAUAUGGAUUUUUCAUGAUGAAACUUUACGACUUUUGCUACAUUUUAGUCCAAGUCUGGGCUCUCUUCUACCUGGCGUUCUCAUUCAGAGCCCAGCUCCCCUGGGCCACCUGUGAGAACACCUGGAAUACAGCGAACUGCCUUGGUCUUGACACUUUUAAUUCAUCUUAUGUGACCGCAAAUCAGAUCAACACCACCUCUGCUGCAACUGAGUUCUGGGAACGGCGGAUGCUAGGCAUGUCUGGAGGCAUUGAGGAGCUGGGCAGUGUGAGAUGGGAGCUGGCUUUGUGUCUACUGGCCAGCUGGGUGCUGUGCUACUUUAGUAUUUGGAAAGGUGUCAAAUCAUCUGGAAAGGUAGCAUAUUUUACAGCUACGUUCCCCUAUGUGAUGCUCUUGGUCCUACUCAUUAGGGGCCUGACUCUACCUGGAGCUUGGGAAGGGAUCUACUUUUACCUGUAUCCAGAUUUGAACCACUUGACUAACCUUGAGGUGUGGAUAGAGGCAGGAUCUCAAAUAUUCUUCUCCUAUAGCUUGACUAUAGGGACUCUGAAUGUUCUGGGCAGCUAUAACCCGUACCACAACAACUGUUACAAGGACUGCUUUUGGCUCUGUUUGCUGAACAGUGGGACCAGUUUUGUUGCUGGAUUUGUCGUCUUCUCUGUGCUUGGAUUCAUGGCUCAGAAACAGGGUGUUACUGUCGAAACUGUAGCUGAGUCAGGUCCAGGUUUGGCCUUCAUUGCUUACCCUCAGGCAACAGCUAUGAUGCCUUUGCCACAGUUCUGGUCCGUUUGCUUCUUCCUGAUGCUCAUUCUGCUGAGUGUUGACACACAUUUUGUGACAGUAGAGAGUGUUAUCACUACUGUGAGCGACAUGUUUCCGAAGCUGUUACGUGCACCAGUGAAACAUGAGAUCUUUGUCCUCCUCUUCUGUUCAUCCUUCUUCCUCAUACAUCUGACCUUGGUGACUGAGGGAGGAAUUUAUGUAUUCCAGCUUAUUGAUUAUUAUGGUUGUACCAGAGCCUGUCAGGAUUUUAUGGCUGUAUGUCAAUGCCUGGCAAUGGGAUGGAUUUUUGGUGCUGACCGCUUUUUUAACAUCAUUGAGGACAUGGCAGGACAGAGACCAAAUGUUUUUUUUAAAUACUGCUGGAAAUAUAUCAUUCCUCUGCUGUCACUGAGUUCCUUUAUCCUGUACCUGGUUGAUUUCAAACACCUCAAGAUCAAUGACUGGUACAUUUACCCCGACUGGGCGUACACGUUGGGAUGGACCAUGACACUCUCCUCUGUUCUCAUGGUGCCACUGUGGGCAGCUGGACAGAUGUGUUUAACAGCAGGAACCUUCAGACAGCGUUUGUCCAUCCUCUGUCAUCCUGCUGAGGCUGUAGGCUGUGGGAUGCAAGGAGAAAAGGAGGAGGCAGUUCAACUGCAGAUGUCUGCAGUAACAGCUUAAUAUGAGCUGCAAAGUCACUUUAAUU